AGAUAAAAAUUACCAAACUAAUCCAAAAUUCUAUAUUCAUAUAAAUAUUCCAAGUCCAACAAGGAAAAAUCAUAAUAGUAUAAAUUAAUCCCUUAGUAUUUAUCUUAGCAUCAUCAUCGCCGUCAUCGUCACUUUGUCUCGUCCACCUUUUAAAAACCCUCUCUAAAGUCUCCGAAACAUCUUCUCUCUUAAACAAAUCCUCUCUGAUUCGAUGGGUUUUAGCAAAGAAGAGAUUAGUAAAACCAGAAAGCUUUGGUCAUCUCUAUGGAGAGGAAUCAAAACUAUAUUCGUUUUGUUCACAAUGUUCUUCUCUUUUCUCCUUGUCUCUGCUCCUAUCUUCCUCGCCGUCGCCGAUGCUCUCCUCCCUUCCGCUCUCCUCCACCGCUUCUCUUCGCCGGCGACUCUCUCUUCUCAUCUCACCAACUACGAUUUCCGUCACUCCCUCAUCGAUAUUCCUUUAAUCUCAAUCAUUAGAUCCGCUGUUAUACUCUGUGUUUAUGGACUCUGUGACGGACCAAAACUAUCGAGAGGACCGUAUCUGACAAUAACAAUGAUUUGUUCAAUAUCUUCUCUAAUCUACGUUUCGUUAAAAGCUGCGUUUGUGUUCGGUGAGCCAGCGAUCGGAGACGGAGGAGGAAACUACUUCAGAGCGGCGGAAGUGGCUCUGUUUCUAUGCUCGUCAGUCUUAGCCAUAGGUCACAUCGUUGUGGCUUAUCGAACAAGUUGUAGAGAAAGAAAAAAGCUUCUCGUCUUCAAAAUCGACAUUGAAGCCGUUUCGGCUUGUAAAAACGUGUACCCGAGAUACCAAAAGAUCUUAUUACAACAAGAGAGACUCAAAUAGAGACGUAUUUCCAAGAGAAUCAAUACUUGUAAAUAUAUACACAUACCUCAACAUGUAAAUAAAACUAAUAUAUAAAAACAUACGGCGUAUAAAUGUAACUUCUCCUUCUGCCUUUCGGCGUUGACCCAUCAACUCCUUCGCUUUUAAGUUUCAGGUAAACCAACCUAAUCUCAUCCUCUUCCAAUGUUCUUGCUUACGUAUUUGUUAUUCUUCUUCUUUUUUUGAAUAGAAAUGAUUUCUAUAAUAUUAUUAAUUGGGAAGUGACAUUAUGGACGUUACAAAGUUGAGAACCCUUUUGCUGAUAAUGUUUGUUUAUUUGUCUUUUUUUUUUCUUUAACAGAAGGAUCCAAAGCAAAAGGAAUGGAGAUUAAUUAUAUAACCUAUGCUUUUUUAAAUGAGACAUUUCAGAUGAACUGGCAGUUGUUAGCUUUAACAUUAUAUUAGUUAGGGCGAUUUGUAAAUAAUCCAGAGUUCCUCAAUGAGAAAAGAAGCCCAAGGCUGUCUCUCCGUUUUGUAUAUAUGUUUAUGUUUGUAUUUCUUUGUGGUUUUAAUAUAUGUUUUGUAAUUGUAAUUUGUAAGCAUAAGCACAUAGUAUGUGAUACGUCCGCGUGGAUUUCUUUAUACGUCACCAAAAUCUCUAAUAGAAUCGUAAAGCAACCUUUUUACGAUCAUUAUCUAUUUAUCUUAACUUACAUUC